AUGGCCACUGAUAUAACAGGUGCCAAAAAGCUCCUUUGUGAAAACAAAAAGCAUCCCCUUUGCUCCAGUUAUGAAGAAUCGGAUUCCGAAUGUCACAGUCAAGAAGCACAUUGGGAAGUUGCGCAAAGAAUCAUCUUCAUCUAUUGCAAAGUCAAUCAACGGUCCUCCUAUGUUCAAGGGAUGAAUGAAGUCCUUGGACCUAUUUAUUACCUUUUCGCGAAUGAUCCAGACCCCGAAUGGCAAAUGUACGCCGAGGCGGACGCGUUUUAUUGCUUUAACAAUCUCAUGGCUGAAAUUCAAAGCAAUUUUAUCCGAACUUUCGACCAGGAUAUGGGCAUUGGCAGUAAAAUGGAACAAAUGUUCUCUCUGUUGGCCGAGUUCGAUCCGAAACUGGCUCACCAUCUAUCAUAUCUACAUCUAGAGCCCACACAUUUCGCUUUCCGGUGGAUAACUGUUCUUCUCGUUCGUGAAUUCUUGCUUCCAGGUACACCUUGCUGUUUCUGCUACAAAAUAAAUUUUCCUGUGCUGUUCCCCAGCUUGUUCGCACGUAAAGUAGCGUGA